AUGGCUACCUUUGAAAUGGAACCGGCAUUUUGCAGAGCAUUGAAAUUAUUACAUUCUAGCUCUAAGGAUGCAUCUGAUGAAAUUAUGUAUUUGCUCAAAGAAGUGAUAGAGCAAAAAUACAACGGAACGCGAACAUUAAAUUUAAAAUGGGGAUCAUCUUUAGAAGAAACUUCUAAAUCGUUGGAUAUUCAAAAAUCAUCAAAAUCCUCUCGAGGACCAUCGCCCAACCAAACCAAUUUAAACGCACAAAUCCCCGAAAAAUCAUCAAGAGAUUCAUCUCCUCCGUCUGAACCGGUUUCUUCCAGAACGACUCCUGAAUUAGAUGAAGAUUUAGCAUUAGAAAUAUUCGAAGAGGACCUCAACUGCAAGGCUAGAAAAUUUUUUAUUUUACCUCUGAAAUUUAUUUGUAAAGGCAUGUCUGUGGGACCCAGAAACAGACUUGUCGAAUGCAGUGAUUGUCAUAUGUUAUAUCAUCAGGAGUGCCACAAACCCCCCAUAUCAGAAAACAUAAAUGAUCCUCGUCUGGUUUGGUAUUGCUCUAUUUGUACAAAAAAAACUCAGGAAAAAGUUCAAUCUAAAAUUAAAAGCAUUCAUGUAGAGACAACAACUUCAAAAAAAUCUAAAACUGAAUCAUUGUCAGAUGGCAAAAACUCGGCUUUUAAAAGAUCAGAAAAAAGUUCUGGUAAUGGUCAUUCGAAAAAUUCUUCUGCAAGUGGACUCUCUCACCAUUCUUCUACUUCCUUAGGUUCGAAACCUUCUAGUUCUGGAUUGGGUUCAUCUUCUAAACAUCAUUCCGGUUCUUCAAGCUCAAAUAAUAAAUCUUCGACGGUGUUUAACAAUUCUAAAACUCCAAGUUCUCCUAAUCAAAAGCCUCAAUCCGGACCAGCUCCAGCUCCUGCUAAUAUUAUAGCUGCCGACAAAAGACUUCAAAACAUGAAGAAAAAAGCGGCUGCUAAAAUGCAGGAGAAAAGAACCAAACACAAAUGA